AUGACCCCUACCACUUCCAACAUUUCUUGGCCAACUACUACUGCCUCCCUCUGCGAGCUACUCAACAUCAAUACUGACGUGAAAAAAUGCCAUGCCUUGACGAAGAAGAAUGCUCGUUGCCUGAAUCCAAUCAGCAAAGCCAACUCGGCCCUCAUCACUUGUCUCUUGGAGAAAGUCAUUACUCGUGGAAGCUUUUCUGCUGCUCAGGCCACACUCCAAGAAGUCUCUUACUUGAUCAUGUGUCAGCAUACCCAUCAAGAAAAAGGCCCUGCUCGUUUGGCAGAGUGGGAGACAGUCUUUAAGUCCCUUAAAGUGGUGCUUAUCAAGAAUGAAGACAAGGAAGAUAAUCUCAAACCCGAGAAAGAAACAGAUAAUAUGUCACCAACCACUGCUGUCAUUUCAUCGCAACCAAAAAUUCAAUUCAAGAGCAAUACACCUAUAACUACUCCAACUCCCCGUCGCAGACCUCAGUCGUCCCCUUCCACUCCAACAAAACCGUCCCCAAAGCUCUUACAACCCAAACUACUUUCGCCUAAGAGCCCCAAAGCCUCACAUGAGUUCGAAGACUUCUCCCGUCCCCGCUCGACCCUAGAGACUAAUAAAGCGAUGAAAAAGCUACUCCUUAGCUCAUUGAAGGAGCAGGAGACAAAGAAUGGAGGCAACAUCUACCUCUAUACCUAUCCUGAGAGCUACCACGACGCGCAUCCCUAUAUCAAGAUUGGCUUUUCUCAAAACGUCAGAAAGCGCAUGCAAGAUUGGAAAUACAGGUGCGGCUACGACGCGAAAGUGCUCGGUGAGUUUCCGGCCGAGCACUACGUCAAGGUUGAGAGAAUUGUACAUGCUCAGCUCUGGAAUCAAAGGAAGCGAGAAAAAGCAUGCCCAGCUUGCAACGUUCGCCACCACGAGUGGUUCAAGGUCGACGCUAUGACUGCCUCAAAGAUCAUUGCCUUGUGGACCGGCUGGAUGAGACGAGAGCCAUAUGAUGAAGAGGGCAAUAUCCUGGAUAAAUGGCGUGUCAGGGUUGAGGGCCUUGACAUGGCUGAUCCUGAUUGUUGGGACUUGCUCGUCAAGGGGCUUUUCGAUGAUGAUGUCGAAGAGUCUGAACUGUCCGAAGGAGAUAGCUUUGCAUGGUCAAGUGAUGAACAGUCCGAGAUCUCCGAGGAAGAUACUUUUAGAGGUUAUGAUACUGACAAACCUGAGAUUACUUUCACUGACGACGAAUCUGACGAUGAGGCAUAUGUGGAAGAUCAUGAGCGAUAG